GAGGAGGAGGAAAGUUUUUAGAAACUCACAGUGACAACACAAAACGGCGAGCACACACACACACAAGGAACUGAGAAGACACUUGAAAUAUUCUUCAUCACCAAAGAGGCAUGACACCACUACGUAGGAACCCAACUGUGCUUCUCCUUUUCCUGAGUGCCUGGCCUCUCCUUCACUCCCACCUCGCCACUGACGCUGCUUCUACAUCUCCUCCAAUCACUCGCCCACGUUUCACAUUUAUGACUGGCCUUGAUGCAGAUUACUAUGAGGAUUAUGAUGAAGAGGAUGACUCCCCCAGCAAACGUCCUCCGGAAGUACUCGCCACCACACGGAUGCAGUUUCUACAACGGGAGCUCUGCAAAUUUAACCCCUGCUUGGAGAAUCAGGUGCCCUGUGCCAAGCUGUUAGCAGAGACUGGUUGCCUCUGCCCCGGCAUCAGUGGAGUUGAUCAACCUCCUCAUUCACCACGGUUACAGGCAAUGAUACCAAUCCAUAAGGGGGAAGUUGAGGUCAAGUGGUGUGCUCCAACCUCUGUGGUGACUCAAUACAGAGUGGUGGUGGAGGGAAAAGAUGGAAAAACUAUAGAGUUCGGGGAAGAUUCUCGACAAGGCUUGGUGGGGUCUUUGGAAGUUGGAACCAAGGUGUGUGUGGAGGCGGUCAACAAAGCAGGACAUAGCAUGCCCACAGAGUUUUCCUGCAUGCGAUAUGACCCUCCCUCUUCAUCAGACUAUGAAGUCUUGGUAGGUAUUAUCGGAGGAGGAAUUCUUCUCUUGAUCCUAAUCUCAAGUGUGAUUCUCUGGAGGUGUUGUAAAAAACGACAGGCAAAGAGAGACUCCGCUGAUGGACUUGGAAACCCAUCAUACAGCACAGAAGGGACAUUGUGAUCCAGAUAGAACGAUUUUAGUAGGAUGUUAAACAUAUAGGGAAACAGUCCAAGAGAGGAUUAUUUACCAUAUCAGGAAAUGUGUCAAUAUAGAAAUAAAUGAUCAGUUUUGUUUUGUCUAAUACCAUACAUUUCAGGGCUAGAACUACCUGUUUUUGCUGGCAAUUGACUUAUGUAGAUCUCUAGUUCAGUUUUUGUUUAUAUUUUUGUAUAAUGGCUGAACCUUUGGUAAUAAAAUUAUGUUUUGUGGAGAAAAACUAAA